AUCAUCUUUGAAAACGACUCCUCGUUUCUCCAUCUAAUUAAAUUUUCUUCCAAUAACCAGGGCUUUGCUAUGGUUUUAUGCGAUACACUGAUCUAAUAAUUAUUCUCAACUGUUCAUACAAAUUUCGAACGAAUGCGCUUCUUCAAUAGUUCGCCGAAAUCAAAUUAACAUUUGUCGCGCGUCUCUUGCUUCUCCAACAAUCUAAGAGCCGCACGAAGGAGAUAAAGAUGAUGCUGCAGUAUAACGACUUGGCCAAGCUCAAAACCAGAAAGAUUGUGUUUGAGGAUGUUUUUUCCGCGCGUGAUUCCGCAACUCUCGAGCAUCUCAAAGACUUGAGCUCUAAGCGCAGGGUAAUUGAGGAUUCCAUUAAUCAAACGAGUUUCAUUACAGAAGCUAUUGCAAGAGAAAUGUCUGGCGGAUCUACUUCUCGUUGCGAGCAGGAACGUCUUAGACUGGAACAGUAUUUGCCGUUACUAAAUAAUCUCAUUUCACAUGUUGAUUUGGUUGGUAAUAAGAAUCAGAUAAUGCGGUGGAUCUCAAACCUUAGGAUACAAUGGAGUAGCGUUAUUAGCUUGCCGUCUUUUUUUAAUCUUACUGGUCCGAAGUUUUUUCAAAUUGAUAGUUUGUGGUUUGAGUAUGGCAUGGCGCUUUUUCUUUAUGGCGCAAUACUUAGGGAUAGGGCUUUGGAGUUUCUGCCGACAGACUUAAAACAAUCCGCGUUCAUCUUCAGAGAAGCGGCUGGAGUCUUUCAUUAUCUGUCACAGGAGGUCCUAUCUGCUAUAGAGCUCGGAGGUUAUGCAGAACGGCCGCCGGAAGCUACAUCAUCUGUGGCUGCUACUAUAAGUCUCAUCUGUUUGGCCGAGGCUCAGGCUGUAUACAUUACAAAGGCUGAAGAAAAAGGAAAUACUGGUUUUGGUGUUUUAGCAAAGCUGCAUUACGGUGUUACAGAACUGCUCAGCGAGGCUACUGUUGCCUUAAAUUUAGGAAUUGGAGAGUACAGAGCUAUUUCAUCACGUUUUUUGGAAUUUAUAUCAACUUGCAGAGCACUGCAUGAAUUACGCAGCAAGAAGUACUUUGCAGGAAAUUUAAAAAACGAUGGCCAAAUUGGAGUUGCAAUUGGAGUUCUUCGUGAUGCAAUAGCGAAUGCAAAAGGGCAAAUGCCAGGGGAGGACUCAUGGAAACCCAUUUUCAGAAAAGAAGUUGAAAAUACUGAAGAUAUCCUCAAGAAGCUUGAAUAUGAGAAUGAAUUUGUAUGGCAUGAGAAAAUUGCUUCUGGGGAUGAAUUGCCUGUGCUCCACGGCACCAAAAUUGUGAAUAUAGAACCUUAUUUGCCCAGAAAAUGGGAGAGAGAACUUGCCUUUAAAUUGUAGCUAAAUAUUUUUCAUAUGUACAGUAUGGAAUCAUGGGUAAUUGGUAUAGAAUCUGCAGGAGGGUAAAGUAGUCAUUUGUGAAAUAUUUUUGUUAUAA